AUGGAAAUAAAAGUGGACACGGUUAACCUCUUCGACAUAGGCAAAAUUUGCAGGGCCUGUUUGACGGAAAAAGGGGAAAUGCGAUCACUUUUCAUGCAAGAUGAUUCUACAGGACAACCGUUGGUCCUGGCAGAAAUGAUAAUGGAGUGCACCUCCCUACAGAUUAAAGACGAUGAUGGUCUGCCAAAUCUUAUCUGCUUACAAUGUUGCCAUGAAGUAUCGAGGUCCUAUUCCUUUAAACAACUCUUUGAACAAAGUGAUAUCAAUCUCAGAACAUAUCUGGGUAAACCACUAGAGACAAAUCAGAAACAUUUUAAGGAGGAAAUAACAACACACCAAACAGAUUUUACAAGUAGUUUCUUGGACAGCCUAGGACUUGAAUCAUCUUCCGAUAGUAGCGACGAGGAUGAUUUUAAAGAUGAGUUACUUGCUCUUCAAGAUACUCUGUCAGAUAAUCCACAGGAUGAAAAGGUAAUUGCUCAAAAGCAACUGCUGAAGUCUGCCAAGUUUCAUAAAAGUCGACAGGCUAGGAGGAAGAUGUUGGCUAAAGGAGGAAAAGUUGCAGUGUUAGCUGCCAAACGAAUGAAGCGCAACUCAAACCAAUGUAACGUCUGUAAGAAGCAAUUCAUCAAUUUAAAAUCCUUCAGAAAACAUCUAAGGACCCAUAUAGAAGACCGUCCUUUCAAGUGCAAAAUAUGUUCUAGAGGCUUCACUGAAGAAAAUUAUUUGAACAAUCAUAUGCGCACUCACGUACCGGACGAGCAAAAGCCUCACGAAUGUGAGAUAUGCAAAAAACGUUUCAUACAUAGUACUCUGCUUUCCAAACAUAUGUUAAAACACAGUGGAGAGAAGCCGUUUGUGUGCAAAAUUUGCAACAAAGGAUGUUACGCUGAAAACAGUCUUCUAAAGCACAUGAAAAUUCACGAGAAAAAAGAAGGAGAUCCCGGAUUAUUGAAACAUAUUUGUGAUUAUUGUAAAGUUGAGUUUCCUGAUAAUCAAAGUCUUUCCAUUCAUAUUAAACAGCAUACUGGGGAUAGACCGUUUGUUUGCAAUAUUUGUGGGAAGUGUUUUCCACAAAGGUUUAACUUGGAAUUGCAUGCAAGAACACAUACUGGUGAACGACCAUUCCAAUGUGAAAUUUGCAAAAACGGUUACGUAUCUAAGGCUAGUCUUAAAAUUCACAUGAGAACUCAUACUAACGAACGCCCAUUUGCUUGUGAUUUUUGUGGAAAAGCUUUUAGGCAGUCUGGAGAUCUAACAAGCCACAAAAGACUUCACGGAACAGAGAAGCCUAUAGAAUGUUCAGUGUGUCAAAAGAGGUUUACAACUGUAAUGAAGUUGAAAUACCACAUGAGAAACCAUACGGGAGAACGUCCAUAUGUAUGCAGUGUAUGUGGUCGAGGUUUUACAGUGAACACCAUCCUGCUACGUCACAUGCGUGUCCAUUCUGGCGAACGUCCGUAUGUAUGUGUGACAUGUGGUAAAGCAUUUUCACAAUCCAGUACGCUUAACACACAUAUGAAAGUACACGCUUCUUCCAAUACAAACAAUCAAGAAAGAACGUCAAAGUAUACUACAAUUGAUGACCAGAAAUAUACCACCCAACAUCAACAGCAACAAGAUAAUAGAUUGAUACAGCAGGAUACUCGGAUGUUAGUACAAACUCAGCAGCUUAGUGAUGGUACGAGAAUUCUUACAGAAACUUCACAGCUUCUUGGUGAUCAUCGAGGAUUGAUUAAUGACGCCAGAUUGAUCACCAAUGAAGGAACGAGACUUUUGGUCAACGUUUCGGAGCCCACCUCUCUAAGGCUGUUGGUAAACGAUAAUACUCGGUUGAUUACAAACGAUAACAGACUGAUAACUCAAGAUAACAGACUCAUUACUAAUGUUAACGUCAACGAUAACAGACAUUUAUCCGUUCUGGAUGGUUCUAGAAUAAUCACUGCUGAUAAAUAUCUGACGACAUAUGAUCCCUACCAGAGAGGGCAUAUAUAA